GUGCGCCUCAAGGAGCGUGAGAGGAGAGGGGACUUUCAUUUUCGUUCGCCCGUCCCGACCCUGAGAGAGAGCGAAGUAGCGAAUGAGAGAGAGAGCGGUAGAGAGCGGGAGACAGAGGGCGAUUUUUGCACCCUGGCUUUCGUUCGGCUCCCCCCUCGCGUGCGACGCCUUCGGCCGAACCUCCUGGAGGUGUCGGCUCCCUCCCUGCUGCCUGUCGUCUUCCUCUCAACGAGCCAAAGCCGCAAGUGUGCGGCUCUCCCAAGUGAAGGAGGAGGUGGAGUUGUGGAUUUGAGCUCUUCUUCUCAUUCCAAGGAAGCAAAUCAAAAGUUGAGACAAACAUUUACUUCCUUUCUCAAAGAUCAACGAAGCUAGUGGCUUUUCUUCCUUCCUCUUUCAAUUCGGACGCCCUCGAGGCGAGUUGGAAGCUGUUGGAGACUUCCAAAUAGCAAAGGAGGGCUUCUAUAUCCUCCAAACAGCAGUUUGGAGCCCCCAAAACACCUUGGACAGCAAAGGUGACGUUGGGAACAUCAAUGACAGCACAUAGAACUUGGAUUGGAGCUUGGCAAAGGCUUGGACAGCAAACUAGGAGCUUGUACAGUGGCUUGGAUUACAAUUUGGAGCGCUAGGACAACUCGUGAGAGCAAGUUAUUUCGUCAAAUAUUGAGAUGAUAUUUCCAACACAAUUAGAAUCUGGGGUGCCUUCUAGUUUGCAAUCAGCGCAACCCAUUCAGCAUGCUUUUAACACCUUUUGGCGAGCAGACCAUGUGCAUGAACAUUUAAGGAACUUGCAGGAAACUAUUCAUCUAUUAAAAUCAGUGCAGAAAGAACUAGAGGGAAUUUAUCUAAUCAAAAGAUCCAAUUAUACUGUUGAAGUUGAUGGAAUGCCUUCUAAUUACUUGCAAGGACAAAAGUUGCUUUCUUCUCCCUCAGAUUCCUUUGGGAAUGAAAUGCUUUAUAAUAUAACUGAGAUAAUUAAAGAGAAGAAAGUUUGCCCGGAAGUACAAGAAUCUCUUUCUUUAGAAGCCGCGAACUCAUUAGUUGCAACUGUGAAAAGCCAACUUUCCCCAUUUAAUGCCAUCACGAGCCAGACAAGUCAAUGGGAGGAAAAGUCCAUGGCAGUGAAGUUAGUUCAAAAGCUGCAAAAGUACAAGAGGAAUAAACAUUGGAAAAAGAGAAAAAGAAAACAAGUUGCAGAGCUGCUACAGAUGGAGCAUGAGCGAUAUGAUAAGGCCGAUGAAGAUGCUGAUGAGUGGAGGGCAAGAGAGAUUGCCAAGGACAUUGCAAAACGCAAGAUGGAAAGCAUGAAGUCAAUUGCAAAGCUUAAAGCUAUUGAGGAAAGAAAGAGAUUAGAAUCUGAGGAGAGAUUAUUCUGUGCGGAGUGCGGACAGGAGAACCUUCCGCACAAGCACUGGGUACCCAACGGUACCCAGCCGUACCGAGUGCGGGUUAGAAGAAGUUGGGACGCUUACAUCAGACCUGGAGGAAGUCGGAUACCUGGCCACUGGGUACAGCCACCACCACCUGCUGAUGAGGUCUGGGCAUCAUAUCUUGUUGGCACCAAGAAUCUCUGAAAGCAAAGCGAUGCAGCUUCUCCCUUCAGGCAAUUCGGAUUGUCACAAAAGAAGAGGAAAAUAACAAAGCAGGCAAUAUGGGUAUUUAGCUGUUAUUUUUGAUAGAAGUGAUUAUAAAACUGUUGUGAGAAAAUCAACUUAUUUGAAAGUUAAUGUAAGUAUCAUAAAUACUUUUUAUAAAAAAAUUGGAGAACUGUUUCUUGCUGUUAUCAUACCCUAAUAGUUCUUAAAGUGUAGAAA